CGAUAAGCACAUCAUCACCGUCCUUGAAUGGGUGAUCCAUCCUCGAUCGGUUCACACGUGCUGCCAUGCGAGUCUGGGAAGCGGCUAUGUGCUCAUGUGCGGUCUUCAUAAUCGACGUCAUGUGUGCAACCMAAUCAUCCAGCGCGGGACAACUCGUGUCGGGGUGCAUCUGGGACGGUCGAAGGAAGUCCGCGRGAACACGCGGGUGAUAGCCGAGCUCGCAAUAGUAAGGCGACAUCCCCGUGGCUGGCGAGACGGCGUGGUUGUAGGCUAUCUCCGCGUGGGCAAGAUGGAGAUCCCACUGCUGGUCGUCACGAACAAUCUUUCGGAGAAUAUCCCCGAGAGUCCCGUUCAUGAUCUCGGUCUGACCAUCAGUCUGAGGAUAGUAAGGCGAGGAGAAGCGGAGCUUAGUGCCGUACACCUUGUGGAGCCGUCACCAGAAUCGGCUGGUAAAGCGUGGGUCACGGUCAGAUAUGAUGCUCAGAGGCACGAGCGGAAUGGAGUGCUCGACGUCAUGCAUCGGUGGGAUGCCGGCGUACGAGAACGACGAUGGGAAAGCGUCGUGGUACUCUCGGAUGAGGUCACGAACUGCGGGCUCCAAGUCAGCCGUAUAUCGUGCGAGUUCCUCAACGUCAGCGUCAGCGCGCGACGGCGGGGUGGACUCGACGGACGGCAGAGGGACGGAAGUAGAGAUGGGAGCCAUGGAGAUAGAAAGAGGAUCUGGCUCCAGAGGGAUGAGCUCGGUGUCGGGACAGGGUGGAUCAUACUUGCAGCUUGCAGCUUGCAGACGCUGGCGUGCCCGGAGCAGUGUGGAGGACGAGCGCUGAGCUCCGUGAGCUGUGCUCUGCUCGCCCUCGGCGUCACUCGCUCGGAAAUCCCCCCAAGUCCACCUCCGACCGGCGACCGCAGUCUCCCCCUUCAUCCUCGGAGUCCACUGCAGACUGCAGUGACUGAGUUGUUCCUUCACUCCUCCGACUCCUCCCUCUUCUGUAUGCACUCCUUCGUGUUCGUGGCCGUGUGCCGUGUGCCUCGUGCUUUUUUCUUCUGGUUCUAUGGUCUGACAUGUAUACGAAAAUUUGUACAGUACAGAGGGCCUCGCUACACCACUGUCGAAACGAAAAACGAAAGAAUGCAUCUACCCCAGAACGUGGCUGUGAACUUGCUGGAUGCUGGCAAAGCAUUGGGCAUCAAUGUUAUUCGUGUUUUGGUUGGUAAUCUCGGUGCUUUUGCAACCCAGACUGGUCCUUCCAACUUCUCCGAAAAGGCUUUGCAGGACUUCGACUGGUUGAUGGCGGAGUGUUCCAAGCGGCAGAUUCGUUUGCUGAUUUCGUUUGGCAAUAACUGGAGUACAAGACAACUCUACCAAAGCUGGCUACCUGAAAAUGAGAGAGGAACCUCGGAAGACGUUUUUUUCACCAACCCCACGGCAAAAUCCUGGUUCAAGGGAUUCCUUAGCAAGGUCAUCACCAGGAACAACACUGUCAAUGGCAUGAAAUACAUCAACGAUCCAACAGUAUUCAGCUGGCAGCUUUUGAAUGAGCCUCGCUGCCCCAGUGACAAGACCGGAGCUACUUUACUGUCAUGGAUAAGUGAAAUGGCUACUUUUGUGAAAAGCCUAGACGGCAACCACAUGGUUUCUAUUGGCAGUGAGGGUUUCUAUAGCCUCUCUCUCCCACAGCGGAUCUUCGCCAACUGUGGACCUGGAUGGCCUACAGAGCUGGGAAAUGACUUUAUUGCUGAGCAUCGCCUCAAAACUGUGGAUUUCAUGACUGUGCAUACAUAUGGGCAGCUCUGGAUAAGUGGUACGGAUGAUGCGAGGAUUGUAUAUGCGGACAAGUGGUUUAAAGCACAUAUAGAAGAUGGAAUGAACGUUCUCAAAAAGCCUCUGUUGCUCGAGGAGUUUGGUUGGAUGACAGAUAUUCCAAUGCGCGACCUAUUAUUCCGUCAGGUUUAUAGCUAUAGUCUAAAUGCAACGAGAUCGGGUUUUAGCUGCGGCACCCUAUUUUGGACAUUUGAGGACAGUGAUGGCAGUUGGUACGUGAAUUAUAACACACACGCUUCAACUCUAAGUAUCAUAAAGGAGCACAGCGACAAUCUGCAGAAGCUCCCGAAGUAAAGUAAAGUAAAUCACUCCGCCAUUUAAAUGUACUGCUAAUGCGGAUGUAUUGAUUCAUACCGACGUGUGGAUUCGAGUUUUUUUUGUUGUUAAUAAACGCUGAACAGACAUGGAUUGUCCACUUUUACCAUGAAAUCAAAUGCUUAUGAAAUUAUGAUUAAGCCGACUCUGCUUCCCACGUAUAGACGAUCUGUAGCGGCGAAGGGCAUAUAGAAUAGUAAUGCUCCAGCUGGAACAAUAAGAUGUUGAAGUUAUAUCUUGAUUCGUUUCAUGGAUUGUUUAUGCUCAACUUUUCCAGGUGGAAGGACCGUUUCGUCAAAAUGGAGUUUUUUUUUUUUUUUCAGUGACCAAAUUAGGUUGCCGAGAUGCGGCCCAAAAAAAUGCCCAAAACUCUCUUUUGAUGGUCCUGCGUUCUCGAAUGUACUUGGACUGCAGUCACUACACUAAGUAGCUAUGUAGCACAUCCGGAUAUCCGGCAGACCAGUUUUAUCCGGAUUUUUUUUCAAUCCGGAUGAAAUUUCCAGAUGAAUUCCGGAUAGGUUGGCUCAGAGGUUGUCUCAGAGGUUGUCUCAGAGGUUGGCUCAGAGAUAGGUGACCAUGGAGGGUUAAGAAAGAUCCACCUGUGCCCCCCGGUGGCUCUCUCCGACACCUUGCCAGCGUAAAGGAUAGGACUGGACUAGGGUGAAGGCCACCAUGGGACGCUGGACCUGGUUUCCAGCAUGAUCAUCUGUUCUGAAGAUUUCAUGGUAGUUAUGGGACGCUGGACCCGGUUUCCAGCACGAUCAUCUGUUCUGAAGGAUUCAUACCAAAGG